AAGGAGCCCUGGGCUGCUCCAGACGUCAGAGGUGCCGGAUACCUUGAGAAAAUGGCUGAGUAUCUGAGGCUGCCCCAUUCCCUGGCGAUGAUCCGCCUCUGCAACCCGCCAGUCAACGCCGUCAGUCCAACUGUAAUCAGGGAAGUAAGAAAUGGACUCCAGAAAGCUGGAUCGGACCACACGGUUAAAGCCAUUGUGAUCUGUGGAGCAAACGGAAACUUCUGUGCAGGUGCUGAUAUCCAUGGCUUUAGUGCUUCUACCCCUGGCCUUGCAUUAGGAAGCUUGGUAGAUGAAAUACAGAGAUACCAGAAGCCUGUGUUGGCCGCUAUCCAAGGUGUGGCUCUCGGAGGAGGACUGGAGCUGGCCCUGGGCUGUCACUAUCGGAUUGCCAAUGCAAAGGCUCGUGUCGGCUUGCCAGAAGUCACACUGGGGAUUCUUCCUGGUGCAAGAGGAACCCAGCUUCUCCCCAGGGUCGUUGGAGUUCCUGUUGCUCUUGACUUAAUUACCUCAGGAAAAUAUCUUUCAGCAGAUGAAGCACUCAGGCUUGGAAUUCUGGAUGCAGUCGUGAAGUCAGACCCAGUUGAAGAAGCCAUCAAAUUUGCUCAGAAGAUUAUAGAUAAACCCAUAGAACCCCGCAGGAUCUUUAACAAGCCAGUUCCAAGCUUGCCCAACAUGGACAGUGUUUUUGCAGAAGCCAUCGCCAAGGUACGAAAACAGUACCCUGGCGUCCUGGCUCCGGAGACGUGUGUCCGCUCAAUCCAGGCCUCUGUGAAGCAUCCCUACGAAGUAGGCAUCAAGGAAGAGGAAAAGCUGUUUAUGUACCUCCGGGCGUCUGGGCAGGCUAAAGCCCUACAGUAUGCCUUCUUUGCUGAAAAGUCUGCAAAUAAGUGGUCAACUCCCUCAGGAGCGUCUUGGAAAACAGCCUCUGCUCAACCCGUCUCCUCAGUUGGCGUUCUUGGCUUGGGAACGAUGGGCCGAGGCAUCGCCAUUUCUUUUGCGAGAGUGGGGAUCUCUGUGGUUGCCGUGGAGUCAGACCCAAAGCAGCUAGACGCUGCAAAGAAGAUAAUCACUUCCACCUUGGAGAAGGAAGCAUCCAGAGCGCAUCAGAACGGCCAAGCUUUGGCAAAACCAAAACUCAGGUUCUCCUCAUCCACAAAGGAACUUUCAACUGUGGAUUUGGUGGUCGAAGCAGUGUUCGAAGACAUGAACCUGAAGAAGAAGGUCUUCGCUGAGCUGUCAGCCCUGUGCAAGCCAGGAGCCUUUCUGUGCACCAAUACCUCGGCGCUGAACGUGGACGACAUUGCUUCUUCCACAGAUCGCCCUCAGCUGGUGAUUGGCACCCACUUCUUCUCACCAGCCCAUGUCAUGAGGUUGCUAGAGGUCAUUCCUAGCCGAUACUCGUCCCCUACUACCAUCGCCACGGUUAUGAGCUUGUCCAAAAAGAUCGGAAAGAUUGGAGUAGUGGUUGGCAACUGCUAUGGAUUUGUUGGGAAUCGGAUGUUGGCUCCCUAUUACAACCAGGGGUAUUUCUUGUUAGAGGAAGGUAGCAAGCCAGAGGAUGUAGACGGGGUCUUAGAAGAGUUUGGUUUUAGAAUGGGACCCUUCAGAGUGUCAGACCUCGCAGGGCUAGAUGUGGGUUGGAAAGUUCGCAAGGGGCAAGGCCUUACUGGACCAUCAUUGCCACCAGGGACCCCCGCCCGAAAGAGGGGCAACAGCAGGUACUCCCCACUUGGCGAUAUGCUCUGUGAAGCUGGGCGAUUUGGUCAGAAGACAGGUAAAGGCUGGUAUCAGUAUGACAAGCCACUGGGUCGCAUCCACAAACCUGAUCCCUGGCUUUCUACGUUCCUGUCACAAUAUAGAGAGGCCCACCACAUUGAGCAGCGUACCAUCAGCAAGGAGGAGAUCCUGGAGCGUUGCUUAUAUUCCCUCAUCAAUGAGGCAUUCCGCAUCUUGGACGAGGGGAUGGCUGCUCGCCCAGAGCACAUUGAUGUCAUCUACUUGCACGGGUACGGGUGGCCAAGGCACAAGGGCGGGCCCAUGUUCUAUGCUGCCUCAGUUGGGUUGCCCACAGUUCUAGAGAAACUGCAGAAAUAUUAUAGGCAGAACCCUGACAUCCCCCAACUGGAGCCCAGUGACUACCUCAGAAGGCUGGUAGCCCAGGGAAGCCCUCCUCUGAAGGAAUGGCAAAGCUUGGCAGGGCCCCACGGCAGCAAACUGUGAUUCAGCCUUCUGCGUUUUGCCACAUAUGUUGGCACCUAAUUUCAGUAUGAUUCCUUCCUAAAAUCCAAACAGAUCGUUCUGAAGUACAAAUCAUGGUUGCUGCUUCUGCUGAUAGCUGGUCAGUAAAAGCUCCUCUCUGUAUCUUUCUACCUCAUAAUUCCAAUGGUCAGACUUCAGGAAUGUCUACAGUCAGUCUAUACCUCUGACUGCACUUCUAUCGGAAAAAUUCAAUGAAUGUAUGUUUACUACUACAAGCAUUCUUCUCUUUUGACUAUUUGCCUGCUCUAACAAAAACGUAUACA